CUGUGUCAGUGAUUACAUUUAUUCAUAUAUAGACGUACAAUACAAAGAUCUGUCUUUGAUUGAGUCGUAUAUCGAAUGCGCUUUUUUUUAUCUUUUCCUAUAUUUUGCGAUACAACUUUUGUACACUUUAUACGACUUUUAGCAGUGCAAUGUUUCGUGUACUCACUUAGUUUUAUACAAUUUUUUUUUACAUUUAAAAGUUUCGUACGCAUUUGAGUGAUUUAAUAUUUAAAAUUGAACAGAAAUAAUAUUUAUCAACAAUGAAUACUAUCAUGUUCAUACAUGAUGAAGAUCACAGUCUCUUAGACAUGGACGAAAACAACAAGAAAGACUGUGAUUAUCAUCGGAAGAAUGUAAUGACUGAGAAGAAAUUUAUCCUCGAUGACUAUUGUGACGAUGCCGAUAAUAAUGGCUGGUUAAGUAAAUUAAUAGAGGAGUGGACUCAAGAAGACACAAUUGAUUGGCUGAUGUAUGCUGCAUUGUAUUUAGGACAAAGUUAUUCUUCUAUACAACACAGUCUUGCUAUGGCUGGCCGAGAUCUUCUAUUACUGAGUAAACGUGAUUUUAAAAUGCAUGACUGCAAUUACGGUGAUAAACUUUACGAUCUAUUGCAUUCCCAAAGACAUACUGGUAAUUUGCCGCGUUUUAUGUCUAAUAAUCGAGGGUCCGGCGCAAGUAAUGACACCAACACAACACUUAAUUCAGUGAAUUUAUCAGACGCAGAGUCAGACAGUAGUAUUGAUGUCGCAAGACCCAAAAGUUAUUCUCAAACUUACAAAGUUACCAAAACGAAAAAAAACCAACCACCACAACGUAAACUAUGGGAAUUCAUAAGAGAUUUAUUAAGGAAUCGUGAAACGUGUCCAAGUUUAAUACGUUGGGAAGAUUAUUCCCAAGCGAAAUUUCGUUUUGUUAGAAGUGAAGAAGUCGCUAAACGUUGGGGUUCACGUAACGGAAACACUAACAUGAAUUACAAUAAACUAAGUCGGGCUAUGAGAUACUAUUAUAAACGUAAAAUAUUUCAAUCUGUAUCAGGACCUAAACUUGUAUAUCAAUUUGGUCCUAAUGCCAAAGGUUGGCAAACAGACAAUCCUAAUUUCUCUAAUAAUAAUUAACACUACUUGUAAUAAUUUUUACAUAUUUAUUUAUUUAUUUAAAUUAUAAUUUAACUGUAGUUCAUGUAAUUAUUACAUUUUAAUAAAUUCUCUUUGUAAUU